GUACGUCUUAGUAGGGUACAUGUAACUAUCACCACUGGCACUAGCUGCUUACUGCAUCGAAAGAUUACGAUCAAAGGAACUCAUCAGACAAGAGUCUUGCGUAACGUCUGUUCCUAAAACAAUACCUCCGUGAUGUAUGAAUAUGAAGUGUCUAAACGCUUGUUUGCUUUGGCCCCAUAUUUUAUUAUUUUUUUAUGCUGCUGAAAUAAGCACCGGCAUCCCGCCUUUGCGUUAAUGAAAGGUCUCCCCUGCAUUAUUUUCCCAUUCGUAGGUCGAAGGACUUGGUAUGUAUAAGUGAUGGGGUUGGAGUGGAUCAAUAUUUAGAUACAACUAGGCGGACGUCCAUUCCUCUCUCCAGGGGUUCCACGAAACGGAGAAAGCAAUGUGACAACCAUGGUCGCUAUAAAUCCACCCGGCUCAUGACACCGCAAUCAGAUGAAAGUGAAGACGAAACCAAUAAUUGCGUCAACUGUGAUGCGCAAAGGUCUACAAAUAACAAACACGGCCGUCAGGUAGAAAACACAAACAGUAAGAGUUCAGAUGGCAAUAUGGCGUUCCCUGCCCUCUCCGUGAUGGGUGGCGGGGGGCAGAUUGUCCGAUCCCGAAGUAAAGUCAGCAUCAACGAACCCGAUGAAGAACAACGAAGCCCGUACCGACACAGCAUCCACAUAAAAAACAAGGAAACGGUCAUUCUCAAUGUGGGUGGACAAAUUUUCGAAACAUAUAAACACACACUUACCAGAUUAAAAUCGUGUAAACUCGCCAGUGAAUCAGAACUUCGAAGAUAUUAUCGUGAAAGCAAGGACGAUUAUUUUUUCGACAGGGAUCCGCAGUUAUUCAGUGUAGUGUUGAAUUAUCUUCGGACAAACGAACUUCAUCUACCCACGUACCUCUGUGGGCCAGCGGUCCAGAGAGAAUUCGACUACUGGGGGAUCGAGGAAGAGGACAUAGAACGCUGCUGUUGGCAGCCUUACAACACGUGGAAAACCCAGAACAAAUCUCUGGAGAAGUUGGAGUAUGAUCGAAAAAGAUCCAUGACCCAACAGCACCUGGAGAAGGAUAGAAACAGCCCCCAUUUCUGGACCCGAUGUAAAGCUAUAGUGUGGAACUUCCUCCAAAACCCAAAUACCUCACUAGGUGCUAAGAUAUAUGCGUGGAUUUCCAUCAUUUUUGUCUUCCUUUCGAUAUUCUCAUUCUGCGCGGAAACGCAUCCAUUAUUUCGAAUUUCAAAACAUACAGAUUUCCUCAAGGACUAUGAAACUCUAUACGAUCUCUUCACAUUUUCCAACAUUCACGAAGCCCGAAACCACACGGUAAUCCAAUCGAACACCACCACGGCCGAACCCGUGGUUCCGAAAAAUGAUACAGUAGUUCAUCCGGCGCUCAUAAUAACAGACCUUGUUUGUGUGUCGUUUUUUACUGUGGAAUUCUUAACACGAUUCAUUUUUUGUCCCCGGAAGUGCCAAUUUAUCACCGCCUUACAAAAUAUAAUCGACUUCGUCGCUAUACUUCCAGAUUACAUCGAAUUUCUCUUAAAGAUUUCCAAUCCACAAGGAAGUGACUGGCCUUUUAUGGACUUUAUUUUUAUUUUACGCAUGUUAAGGUUAUGUCGUAUAUUCAGACUCAUCCGCCAUGUUCCCGGGCUGUGGAUAUUACUUUAUACUCUCAAGGCCAGUUUCAAUGAACUUCUCCUCAUGUUUGUCUUUCUUCUGAUCGGGAUGGUCAUCUUUGCCUCCUUGAUACAUUUCGCAGAACCGGAUAGUGGCUAUGACAACAUUCCAAUAGGUUUCUGGUGGAGCGUCAUUACCAUGACUACUGUGGGUUACGGUGAUAUGAACCCUGCAACAGCUCCAGGCUAUGUCAUCGGAAGUCUUUGCGCAAUAUCCGGUUUACUGAUGAUCGCUUUCACUGUUCCAAUUAUUGUUAGUAAUUUUGUACUGUACUACACUCAUGUGCAAUACGGUUGUAUUCGACAUGGACGAGAUAAAUCUAAGUUACUGGACAUCGCUAGCGAUGAAGAUGAAGAGGAUGAAAAAGACGAAAGUUUGAAGGACAUUUGCUGUCACGUGGAUGAAGUGAAACAGACGACAGAGGAUGAAAAGGAAGAUAAAAAUUCCGAAUUAACUGAGAAUGGUCAUUCUCGAGGAACAGACGGAAACUGCAAUAACCUUGGAUGAAAUGUUUAAAUACCAUGAUAUAACUUCGUUUUAUUUAUUUACUUUUUAAAUUGUUCGAUUGUUUAUAGAUUUUUAUACACGCAGUGCAGUGUCAUAUUUUAAACAUCCAUUUGUAACGUAGUUUUAUAUAAGUUUUGCAUUCAUAUUUGAUCCAAGAAAUUAUUGCAUGAGAAAUGGACACAUUUCUAAAUGAAUGAUAGAAAUAUCUUCACACUUGUUUUUAAAAGUAUGUCCUGGUUCAAUUAUUCAUGUUCACAUUCCCAAUUUAAUAUUGAUUUAACAUACAUUUUCUUCUUCAGUGUAUUGUUGGAAUAUGAAUCUUUGGCUUAAUCUUUGACUUUUAAUUAUUAUGAUGGCACUUUACUUGAAAAAGUUUUUUGUCACAUAUUGUUAAAUGUUUGUUUCAUUUGAAUCAUUCCAAGUGUUUACAUUUUUUCAACAAUAUUUCUUAUUUCCCUUUUUAUUCAUAUUUUACUCAACCUUCAGGGCAUUAUAAAAUAUAGCCGGGUCUUACAGCGUUAGAGCGAUUCAAAGAUAAGAGUUUUGUAACUUAAUAAAAACUUUUUUGAAGAUGAAUAAAGUAUCGAUAAAGCAAUUAAAUAAUAUCGAUUCGUCGAUAUAUCAAAAUAUACACAGUACAAGUAACAUAUCAUCAAGCAAGAAAAUUUUACAGACUUACGAGAAACCUUUGUUAUAAAAGCAAGCUAUAAUCUGGUCUAGUAAUAGAAAUGACAUUUUAUAAAGUUUUAACAAUAGUGAAGCUGUGAUUUUCAGCUGUUGCUACAUCUGCAGGUGCGUGAUCUCCGAAAUGAGCCAUAUCGAUGUGCUUAAAUAUCAAUACUAAAAAAAAUCGAUAUUUUAUCAUUUACAGCCUAUAGAUGUCAAUAUCCAUCAAAGAGAGAAUGUAUGAUGAGGGCUUUGAAAAUUUCUGUAUAAUACAUUUUUUACUGUAUUAAUAGAAAAGUUUUGGGGGAAAAAAUAUGUAGGUACAUGUAUACAUAUAUAUGUAAUUGCAGAAAAUAAGCGAGUAAAACCUUCAAAGACGUUACGUACUAGUACGUUUUCGGAAGUUAGAAAAGUAGAAACAGGUGUUCGACUGGAUGUCUAAUUUUAUGUAGCAUAGCCAUAUUAUGAAAUUCAUUUAUCCUCUCUCAUUUUAAGAUACUCAAACACUUUAAGAAUGAAGAUGUAAUGUUGUUUCUGGUGCAUAGUAAUAUUUUAGACAAUUAUUUAUUUUUAUGUCUCCGAACAGUGCCAUUUUAUUCCUUUGAAAUGAUGAUAAAGUAUGUACAUGUACAUGCAAUUUU